GGCGCAAACCUCAAAAGAGUUCAAAAUUUAAACACACCCCUCUAAUAAAGCUCCAUUCCACUCGAUCGUUACUGGUGAAGCCUCACUCACCAUCACCCCACUUCAAUACAUAACCCCAUUGCGUUGAUUCUUACAAAGACCUCUGUUCUCCUCCUCCUCUCACUGCUCAUAUUCCUAUCAUCCAUGUUCUCCCGCUUCUCUCAAUUAGCCAGACAUCUUUCUCGUCCCUUACCAAAUUACGCUCACAAUUCCGCCGCUGCAUAUACAUUUUCAAAUAAAGUCAUGACAUCAUCAGUAUCUGCCGACGAACGCAACUCGAGAACCAUCCACACGGCAGCAUGUCUGAUUAUUGGAGAUGAAGUGCUGGGGGGAAAGACGGUUGAUACAAAUUCGGCGUAUUUUGCAAAGUUUUGUUUCCGACAUGGAAUAAAUCUCAAGCGCAUUGAGGUCAUUGCAGAUGAUGAGGAUGAAAUCAUUGAAGCCGUUAGACGUAUGUCAACCAACUAUGAUUUCAUAGUCACCUCUGGAGGAAUUGGUCCAACCCACGAUGAUAUCACCUACCAAUCCAUUGGAAGAGCAUUCGGACUUGAAUUGAAGCUUCAUCAAGAAACCUAUGAAAAGAUGAAGAGAUUAUCCAAGCCCCAUCCAUCUCAACCAAACUUCAAUUGGGAUGAAGAUUCUCCCGCAAAGAAAGCUAAACUUCGCAUGGUGGAAUUGCCAUUAGAUGAAUCUCGAGAUUUGUCAAAGCAAGUUAUAUUCCCAUGUGAAGAUCUUUGGGUUCCAGUCGCUUGCAUCAAUGGCAAUAUACACAUCUUACCUGGCAUCCCAAGACUUUUUGAAAGAUUGUUGGAGGGGUUGAAACCAUUUUUACUUCCUCGGUUGACCGAUCCUGAAGGCAAGGGCAUCUGUAGAGUGAUGAUAUCGACUCCCAUGUCAGAGAGUGCUGUCGCACCAUAUCUCACGGAAUUGGCUGCCAAAGUCGAACCAAAGGGUAUCAAGGUGGGAAGUUAUCCUAGAUGGGGAAAAGCACACAAUACCGUUACUUUGGUUGGAAGGGAUCAACAAUACUUGGAAAGCUUAAUAGCUGAAGUAGAGAAGAACGUCAAUGGACAUCGUGUCAUGAUAGAAGGAGAAGAUGAUGUUGAAGGCGAACAUAAGGAAACAUCUCAAUAAGGAAUUCUUUGGUUGCAUAUGUCAUAACCAAUUUCGAAAUUUCCCCUCAUUUCAUCUCUCAUCUCUCGGGAAUUCUGCCAGUUAAAGAAUUCAAGGAUAAAGUACCGAUGCAAGCGCUGUCAGAUUAAGAACCAUCAAAUGAUUGCGUUGACCGUUGAUCGAUAACCGCUAAAAUUUAACAUUUUAACAUUUCCCCCCCCCUCACCCUCCCCUCCCCCUGAGGCCUGAGCUUGGGGCAAAUCAAAAAAUCAAAAUCAAAAUCCAAUGUAAAUAGUUUAAAUUUUCUAGCCGUGCGUCGACGGGCGGAGAUUCAGGGGGAAAUGUUCGGCUCCUAUCCUAUCAAAGAAUUUUUUUUAAGAUCAAGACCCGUUUCUAAUCUGUGUAUCGAUGUUUGAUUAAAAUUAUUAUGAAUCAUGUUGCGAAUUGUCAUUUUAGAGUCGACAGAGUAGAGGGAUGGAUGAAUGGAUGUUUAUGAAGUUGUGGUUUUGGUUUUGGCUUUGGAUUUGGAUUUGGAUUUGGGGAAGUGAGUGGGAAGUGGGAGUAGAGUGGGAGUAGAGUGAGGUGUAGUUUGUGGGAUGGAAUUUAGGCAUGUGUGUAUGCAUAUAUGUAUAGUAUAGUGUACAAGAGUUGAAAAUACAUGUGAAGGUUCCAGAAAAUACUAAUAAUAAGUAGGAGUAUACGUAGUAUAUACC